CGAACAACAUAGCAUUUUUUGGGCAAAGUGUAAAGUAUAACGGAGCAAGUGGAGAAAAAAAGCCGGUAUUUUGGCUAAAACCUAAUCUGGCGCCGCUCUCUUUCCCUCAUCAUCUCUGUUCACCAUCUUCAACAAGCUUUCAUCUAUGGCGGCUCACUGCUUCAACCCCUGUGACAACAUCCUCAUCAAACCCACUAACACAUCCACUUUCAUAUCCCCCAAAUCUAAAUCAUACCCCUUCUCAUUCUUCUCCCUAAACAAGCCCAAAAUCACCCACCAAUUAUCCUCUGUUUCAACACGCACACCAGCUGUUUGCUCAAAUGCCUCAACCACCAAACCGAUUCAAGACAAGAAACCACAAGUGGGUAAGCGUACUGACAUUAAAAAGAUUAUGAUUCUUGGUGCUGGGCCGAUUGUUAUUGGGCAAGCUUGUGAAUUUGAUUAUUCUGGUACUCAAGCUUGUAAGGCGUUAAGAGAGAAUGGUUAUGAGGUUGUGCUUAUUAACUCAAACCCUGCAACUAUCAUGACUGAUCCCGAGAUGGCUGACAGGACUUACAUUGAGCCCAUGACACCGGAAUUAGUCGAGCAGAUUAUCGCGCAAGAGAGACCCGACGCGAUUCUGCCCACGAUGGGCGGGCAGACCGCGCUUAAUCUUGCGGUCGCUUUGGCCGAAAACGGGGUGCUUGAUAAGUAUAAUGUGGAGUUAAUUGGGGCUAAACUUGAGGCUAUCAAGAAGGCCGAGGAUAGGGACUUGUUUAAGCAGGCGAUGAAGAACAUCGGGCUUAAAACUCCGCCUUCCGGGAUUGGUACUACCCUUGAAGAAUGUUUUCAAAUUGCCGAAAAGAUUGGUGAGUUUCCUUUGAUUAUUAGGCCCGCAUUUACGUUAGGGGGGUCUGGUGGUGGGAUUGCGUAUAACAAAGAGGAAUUCGAGGCGAUAUGUAAGUCAGGGCUUGCAGCCAGUGUGACAUCACAGGUUUUAGUCGAGAAAUCGUUGUUAGGAUGGAAGGAGUAUGAGCUUGAGGUUAUGAGGGAUUUGGCUGAUAAUGUGGUUAUCAUAUGUUCAAUUGAGAACAUUGAUCCAAUGGGUGUGCAUACUGGUGAUUCGAUCACGGUUGCCCCUGCACAAACCUUGACCGAUAAGGAGUACCAACGGCUUCGUGAUUAUUCCAUCGCGAUUAUUCGGGAAAUUGGUGUUGAGUGUGGUGGUUCUAAUGUGCAGUUUGCUGUGAAUCCAGAAGACGGUGAGGUUAUGGUUAUUGAGAUGAAUCCUCGGGUUUCGAGGUCUUCUGCUUUGGCGUCGAAAGCUACUGGUUUCCCUAUUGCGAAGAUGGCUGCUAAGUUGUCCGUUGGUUAUUCGUUGGAUCAGAUUCCGAAUGAUAUCACGAUGAAGACACCUGCUAGUUUUGAACCGUCUAUUGACUAUGUUGUCACAAAGAUACCAAGAUUUGCAUUCGAGAAAUUCCCAGGAUCUCAGCCCGUAUUGACGACACAAAUGAAGUCUGUCGGUGAAUCGAUGGCAGUUGGACGAACGUUUCAAGAGUCUUUUCAAAAGGCGGUUAGAUCGCUUGAAUGCGGUUACUCGGGUUGGGGCUGUGCACCGAACAAAGAGCUCGAAUGGGACUGGGAGAAAAUCAAAUACAGUUUGCGGGUCCCAAACCCGGACCGUAUUCACGCUCUAUAUGCCGCAAUGAAACGAGGCAUGAAGGUGGAUGCGAUCCAUGAUAUAAGUUUCAUCGACAAAUGGUUUCUCACACAACUUAAAGAAUUAGUAGACGUUGAACAAUACAUCAUGGCGAAAGGUUUAUCUCAGCUUACUAAAGAUGAGUUUUACGAGGUUAAAAAGCGCGGUUUUAGUGAUAAACAGAUUGCGUUUGCUUUGAAGUCAACUGAAAAAGAAGUCCGGGUCAAACGGUUGACUUUAGGAAUCGUGCCGGCUUACAAACGUGUUGAUACUUGUGCUGCUGAGUUUGAAGCGAACACUCCUUAUAUGUAUUCGUCUUAUGAUUAUGAAUGUGAAUCGGCUCCAACUAAAACGAAAAAGGUUUUGAUUUUGGGUGGUGGGCCUAAUCGUAUCGGUCAAGGGAUCGAGUUUGACUACUGCUGCUGUCAUGCUUCAUUUGCUCUUCAGGAUGCAGGGUACGAAACCAUUAUGAUGAAUUCAAACCCCGAAACCGUAUCUACCGAUUACGAUACAAGCGACCGUCUCUACUUUGAACCGCUAACGGUCGAAGAUGUUCUUAACGUCAUCGACAUGGAAAAGCCCGACGGCAUCAUUGUGCAGUUUGGCGGUCAAACCCCGCUGAAACUCGCUCUACCGAUCCAACGCUAUCUCGAUGAGCACAAACCGGCAUCGGCUAGCGGCGGUCGGGUCCAAAUAUGGGGCACGUCGCCCGAUUCCAUUGACGCAGCCGAGGAUCGGGAGCGGUUCAACGCAAUUUUGAAAGAGCUACAAAUCGAACAACCGAAAGGUGGGAUAGCCAAAAGUGAAGCCGAUGCGUUAGCUAUCGCGUCGGAGAUCGGGUACCCGGUUGUUGUUAGACCGUCUUAUGUUUUAGGUGGUCGGGCCAUGGAGAUUGUUUAUAGCGAUGAAAAGCUAAUAACGUAUCUUGAAACAGCUGUUGAGGUGGAUCCGGAACGACCUGUUUUGGUUGAUCGGUACUUAUCCGAUGCUAUCGAAAUCGAUAUUGAUUCACUGGCAGAUUUGCAUGGUAAUGUUGUCAUCGGUGGAAUCAUGGAGCAUAUCGAACAAGCUGGAGUCCACUCCGGUGAUUCCGCUUGCAUGAUUCCGACAAAAACGGUUUCACAAUCGAGCCUUGAAACAAUCAGAUCGUGGACCACUAAACUGGCUAAACGGUUGAAUGUGUGCGGGCUUAUGAACUGUCAGUAUGCAAUUACCGGCUCUGGGGAUGUUUUCUUGCUUGAAGCAAACCCGCGGGCCUCUCGUACGGUUCCGUUCGUUUCUAAAGCGAUCGGACGCCCGCUGGCUAAAUACGCUUCACUUGCGAUGUCGGGAAUGUCUCUUCACGAGCUUGGAUUCACAAAAGAAGUCAUCCCGAAACAUGUUUCGGUUAAAGAAGCCGUCCUUCCAUUUGAGAAAUUUCAAGGAUGCGACGUGUUUCUCGGGCCCGAAAUGCGUAGCACCGGUGAAGUAAUGGGCAUCGACACGGAUUUCUCCAUCGCAUUCGCCAAAUCACAAAUCGCCGCAGGCCAGAAGCUUCCCGUUUCAGGGACCAUUUUCCUUAGUUUGAACGAUAUGACGAAACCACAAUUAGGGAAAAUUGCGCGGGCGUUUUUGGGGCUCGGGUUUACGAUCGUCGCUACUUCCGGGACAGCUCAUGUUCUUGAAAUGGAUGGUGUUCCGGUUGAGCGGGUAUUGAAGCUUCAUGAAGGGCGUCCGCAUGCCGGUGAUAUGAUUGCAAACGGGUUAAUUAACUUAAUCGUGAUGACUAGUUCUAACGAUGAUUUGGAUCAGAUUGACGGGCGUCAGUUGAGGAGGAUGGCACUUGCGUACAAGAUUCCGAUUAUUACGACGGUUUCGGGUGCUUUGGCUACUUGUGAGGCGAUAAGAAGCUUGAAAACUUCCAAGUUCAAAAUGGUUGCUAUUCAAGAUUACUUUGUAGAGCAGCAGAUUGGUAAGACCACUGCAGCAAUUUGAAGGGAGUUCUAGGUUUGUGUUGCGGUAAUUUUAGUUUUAUUUUAGAAUUACUAGGAAGAAUUGUGUUUUUAUUUGUUUCUCCGCUCUAUGUGACUUUUUUUUUUCACCUUUGUGAUGCUUGUUUUGAGAACAAACGACACGUAAUAAGGUGGUGUUUGUAACAUUUUAUUGUCUUUGAUAUAGCCCGUUUGAAGAAUCGAAUAAUGGUUUUGGAAAGUCUGUUGGGUUCCGGUCGAGUAAGAACUAAGAACCCAUCUUGAUCUGAACAAAAUUCAUGCUUUUUU